CGUACUUCAAUGCUGUAGGUACCUGGUAGAGCUGAUUGGCCCGUUGUAAAUUUCAGGCAGACCUAGGCGAACUAGAUGCCUUCCUUCGACUUGCGCGGACCAACCUGUACUUAUAGAUAGGUAUGUGACCGGCUGAGUCCACUUUGACGGGCCUGUACCCACCUCCUGCCCAUCCGUUUCUCUUGUAAUAGUCAUCAUCUGUUGGCCGCUGCUUUCUCGUCUCCUGGGGACCAGGUCCUACCAGACACUGGGUAUAUACGAGAGAUGGCUCCUCGCACAUCCAUUGCCGACUUCAGGAACUUCCUGAGUUCGAGCAAUCGCAUCGUGGCUCUAUGCGGCGCCGGCCUGUCAGCCGCCUCCGGAUUGCCCACUUUUCGGGGCGCCGGGGGCCUGUGGCGCACCCACUCGCCCACCUCGCUCGCGACGCCGGACGCCUUCGAGGACGAUCCAGCUCUCGUCUGGCUCUUCUACGCCUGGCGGAAGCACAUGGCCAUCAAGGCAAGCCCAAACCGGGGCCACUACGCCCUCGCCGAGCUGGCGAAAAGGAGAGAGAAUUUUCUCUGCUUGACUCAGAACGUGGAUGGUCUAUCGCCGCGGGCUGGACAUCCAGACGCGCAGCUGCGGGCCCUUCACGGAAGUAUACUUGACGUCAAAUGCUUCAAUGAAUGCGGCUACGUCGAUAAGAACAACUUGGAUGACCCGGUGUGUCCGGCUCUGGCCCCCGCAGCAGAAGACUACCCGUCCAACGAGACGCUGCCUCUCCUCGAUCCCAACGUUCCCCUACCGUCAAUCAACGUCGAAGACCUCCCGCAUUGCCCCAACUGCAAGACGGGCCUGCUCCGACCGGGAGUCGUCUGGUUCGGGGAAUCGUUGGACUUCGCGAUGCUCGACGAAGUGGAUAGUUGGUUUCGCCAAGCUCCUAUUGACGUCAUUCUAGUCAUCGGGACGGCGGCUGUCGUCAACCCUGCCGCGCGCUACGUAGACAAGGCCCGUCGCAUGGGCGCGAUGGUCGUGGUAGUAAACCCGGACCCGAGCUCGGGGGCGGGACUAAGCCGAGGCGAUUUCUUCUUCCAAGGAGACGCGUCCGCGAUACUCCCACAGCUGUUCGAGGAUAUCAUAGGGAAGAUGGACGAGGCCGGGAGAAUCGUAUGAAGCGAUUCCCUAGAUACGGUGUGGGACAAGUAAAUUCGCUAGGCACCUCCCCCUUAUAUAUUACUAUCUACGUGCCACGAUUACUGAAUGUGGAGUUAAGGUGUGCCUAGGUACCUUUAGGUGCUAGGUAGUGGGUUCUGAUACUAGGGCUCAGGCAUAUAGCUGUAGCCUUCUCCCCGUUACUCAUACCUAUCUCGUUAGCUAACAGGCAAAGAAGAUGUUGGGACCGGGAUGGGAGGAAGGACCCGGCUGUUGUAUACCUUAUGAUGCUCUAUAGAAAGCAUAUAUAACACGCUAACCAUGCUACACGGCUCUCGGUUCCAGCAAAAUGAUACCUACCUUAUAGGGGACUGAUGUAGAGUCCAGGGGAGUUCAGCACACCGUGGGAAGUAGGUAUGAUGAACUACGGCCGCU